AUGCAUUGCUCAUUUGUAAAUGAUGAUUUAGCCUGUAAGAAAAUACACGACAAAUUAUAUAUUUAUGACGUAACAUAUGAUAUUAUUAUAUUUAUUAUUAUUAUUAUCUUUUGCACGAAUUGGUUAAUACGGAAAACGAUACAAGACGCUUUCGAAAAUCAACAUAUUAAUUUAAGUAGGAGGCUAAGUAGCGAAGGUGGAAAUGAAUUUUUAAUCAACGACGAUCAACAAGAGGAGGAUGAACACGUGAAACAAGAUCAAACGAUAAAAAUUCCAUCGGAAAAUCGAUCCCAAUACGAAAAGUUAUCAUCGACCCAAGAAGAAUUCAGUUCUGAUGACGAAUUAGGUGCCAAAGAAUCUAGGAAAAAGUUGCAAAAACAUCAUCAUCAUCAUCAUCAUCAUCAUCAUCAUCACGUUCACAAACCCAAACCCGGAACGUUGAUAAAAAAUUUAAAACCGCAAAAUGCUUUGAAAGCGAGCAAAACGAUCGUUCUUGCCAAAAAAAAUAAAUUACAAGAUUCGUUGAGAAAGGGAAAAUAUGAGAAAAAUUUCGAUUCGGAAGAUAAUAAUAAUUCGAACAAUCCGACCCUGACGCCGUCGACCGUUCUGGAACGACCGGAUGAAGAACCCGAAGAUGAGGAAGACGAAGAGGAUUCGAUCGGAAGCGCGUCGGAUCUUCGUGACGUCAACGAAUUGUCAGACGGUGACGGGGAGGAGGCUGUGAGCGAAAGCGAAAUCGAAAGUCUUGACGUUCCCAGCAUGUACACGUGCGGUUCGAGCGUGUAUCACGCAGAGUGCGAAAGCAUGACGGCGAGCAACACGUUCGAGACGAGACGGAGGAAAAGAAACGUGAGAGAAACGGGGAUCAAAUCGGAAGAAGAAGAGGAUGAUGAUGAUGGGGUCGCGAAAAAGGGAGGCGACAAACCGUUGCUCGAAGAAUUCGAGAGCGACGGUUCGCCUCAAUUGUGGGACACGACGUGGGACGCCGCGGAAGGGACGAAGGAUGUUUUCGCGAUGGCUCCCUUCCAGCGACCCCCCGAAGACGGAACGAAAAAGAAAAGUAAAAUGAAAUCAAAUGAUCUUGUCACGUUUUCGCCGGAAAAAUUAAAAUUAGAUUUGUUGACAUUUUCAGAAAGCGAUUCUCAACACGAUGAGAAUAAGAUGCCGGGGAAAAAUUUCUGCAAAUCCCCCAAUUUGAUUAUCCUUUCGGAAAGCGAUUCGGAUUUGAAAAAACCACAAGAAUCGGAAGAAACUCAAACGCUUCUCGCGAACGAAUCCGAACAGGAAGUGAAUCCGCAUUUGAUAAAAGACGUGACAGUCACGGAAAGAUUACAUUUGGUUCGGGAAAAAUUGAAACCGUUGGAAAAACUCGACGAAACGGAGCAUUUCGAAACGCAAGUCACCCCGACUAACACGACAAUUGCCACCGCCACCACCCCGAGCACCAACAACCACAACAAUCAAUUGGAACAUUCGUCGUUCUACGCGAACAAUUCAAAAUCGAAUUUGUUUUCCGGCGACGACGAAGACGACGGUAAUAAUUUUCCGGUUAAUUUGCAAGGAUUUUCCCCGAAUUCUUUUCCGAACGAUAAAACGCCAGAAUACUCGGCGACGACGGAUCGUGACAUAUUCGGUUUCACUCCUUUUUACGUUCUCCCGAGCAACAGGAAUCCGUUCGAAGGUGACGAUUUCAAACCCGCGAUGUACGAGACGAAUAACGAAUCCAACGUUAUUAGUUACGGUAAAGGAGACGAGGGACAACAAUUUCUGAGCGGGUAUAACACGUUGAGCGGAAACGACAGAUCUCCAUCUCCCGUGUACAAUAACAAGGCGUCGUCGUCGCCGCCGCCGCCGCCGCCACCCUCGUCGCAAAAAAUAUACGAAACCGGAUAUGGUAAAAUGGUUAACGAAAAAGAAUCCAAAGUUCAUUUCAGUCUAAGCGAUAAGAUAUUGGGUUUUAAAUCCGAGAAAAAAAUCUACUACGAUAGUCUCAAGCACGAGGAAAAAGUGAGGAAAAAAUUAGAGGAUAAAUACGAGAGGAAAAGUAAAAACUGUGAUAAACCGGAAAAGGAAAAGCAUAAAAAGCACAACAAGAACGAUAAGAAAAUCGAACGCGGAUUCAGCAACAUGAGUUUCGAAGAUUGUUGUUUGAGCGGCGAGGACAACAACGCCGAGGAUAUAUGUGCCGUCGAUGGGAGAAUAAAAAAUUUCAAAUCCGUUCGGGGGAGAAGCAAUCCGUUCGCGUAG